AUGCCGAAUGUCCAAAAAUGCCCUUUCCCCCCUGUGCGAAGGUCCCAAUCAGAAGACCCUGAUAGUGACCACUUGCCAAACACUUACAUCUCAUCCACAUUCUCUACAUACAAGACCAGUGCCCAGCUAAGCCUCGAGCAAUUAUUACAGGGACCAAACCACGGCGGUGGGUCGACGCAACCCAGAUCAGCGCUCAUUCCCAACACUCAAGCUCGUGAUGCGAAGCCACGACUGCUCCUUAUGGGGCUUCGCCGGAGUGGCAAGUCAUCUAUCGCGAGCGUAGUCUUCCACAAGAUGCCACCAAAUGAAACCCUCUUUUUGGAAUCAACUACCCGAAUCCAGAAGGACUCCAUCCAUUCAUUCAUGGAUUUCCAAGUCUGGGAUUUCCCCGGCCAGCUUGAGUAUCUCGAGCCAUCAUUCGAUCUCGAAGACAUCUUCGGUAGCCUGGGUGCACUUGUCUGGGUGAUUGAUGCCCAAGAUGACUACCUUGACUCGGUCGCGCGAUUGAACCGUACUAUCUUGACUGUCCAACAGUACUACCCAGGAAUCAACAUCGAAGUUUUCAUUCAUAAGGUCGAUGGUCUCUCAGAUGAAUAUCGCACCGAUACCUUCCAGGAUAUUGUCCAACGUAUCUCAGACGAGCUCAGCGAUGCUGGGUACGAAAAUGCACCCGUACACUACUACCUCACCUCCAUCUACGAUUACUCUGUUUUCGAGGCCUUCAGUAAGGUCAUCCAAAAACUCAUUCCAAACCUGUCUACCCUUGAGAACUUGAUCAACACGCUUGCCAACAACUGUGGCUUUGAGAAAACCUACCUCUUUGAUGUUCUGAGCAAGAUUUACAUCGCCUCGGACACCCGACCUGUUGACAUGGCUUGCUAUGAGAUGUGCUCGGACUAUAUUGAUGUCAUUGUUGAUAUUUCCGAGCUUUACUCAUGGGACCACCCGGAUCGUCGACCCAAAGGCGAGCAGAUCCAGGAAGCAGAAAGCCAUGUUGUUUUGCAUGACGAGACCAUGAUUCAUUUAAUGGAGAUGAACAAGUAUCUCUGCCUCGUUUCUGUCAUCCGAAACCCCGAGGCAAAGGAGAAGCGAGGACUGAUUGAUAUGAAUUGCCGCACAUUCCAAGAUGCCCUGAAUGACGUUUUUUCACGUAGCUGGGAACAGGAGGAACAAGGCAACGCUUAA